ACGACCAGCGCCGAGGAGAAGCUUCACGCGGAAACCGAUUCAAAGUCAGCUCGGCGGGGCGGCGGCGGCGACACGCCAGCGGGUCCGCGUUUGUUGUCACGAGAUGCACUUCCUCCGAAAAAAGGCCGAAAAGUAAACAGAAAUCGAGGUGGUGGCAGCGAGCGGCCGGCUGGAGGGAUGAGCAGACACCGCUGGACGACUAGCAUCACCUCCGCCAACGGCUGAAGCGUCACAACGAGCCGGGACUGUUGUUGAUUUUUCUCCCCCCCCCCCCGGUAGAGCUCACAAAGACGGAACGAGAGAGGCGAAGACAAGAUGGAGAUGGUGUUUUUCCGGUUACCGGGCCACGGGGACAUCACCUUGAAGCACAUGAAUUCGCUGAGGUCCCGCCAGCAUUUCUGUGACGUCACCAUCGUCGCCAGCAACAACCAGGUAUUCAGGGGACACAAGGUUGUGCUGGCUGCAUGCUCGCCCUUCCUGCGGGACCAGUUCCUCCUCAACCCAUCGCCCAAGCUGCAGGUGUCGAUGCUGUACAGCUCCUCGGUGGUGUGCGACCUGCUCCAGUCCUGCUACACCGGCAUCCUGCACUUCAACCCCGAGGAGAUCGUCAACUACCUGACUGCUGCCAGCUACCUGCAGAUGGAGCACAUCGUGGAGCGCUGCAGAGGAGCGCUGGAGAAAUACGUGCAGCUAAAGCAUCCCGGUCUAGCUAAGGAGGCUGUAGAGGAGAGCCAGGCCACACCAGUGAUCGUCAGCAGCAUUCAGUCGGUUGGAUCUCCUUCCCCCCGCCAACCUUCUCCUGUCCAACCCAACAGUCCAGCUGUGUGCUCAGUAGAGGAGAACAGCGGUGAUGUUCCUGCUCAGGGCAGCAGUCAGCCCCACGACAGUCCCAUCAUGGAUGAUCCGUGUAUCCAGGUUCCUGGAUCAGAUGAGGAGGAGGAGACCAGGCAGGAGGACUUCGAUGUGUUCAGGGUGUACAUCUCUGAGGAGGAGCAGAUGAACAGAGACAGAGAACGGGACAAAGCAGCUGCAGGUGAUGGACCUCAGGAUGUCUGUUUCCCAGAAACAGAAGGAGUUCUGAUUGGAGAAGGCGGUGAAUAUGACUUUAGCUCAGUAGAAGAUCUCAGCUCUGGAGGACUUUCAGCUGAGACCAUCCAAGCUUUCAGGCGCAGACUGUCUGACUCUAAGAUCGGCCGAGGCAGAGGAAGGGGCAGAGGGAGGGGAUUCAAAAGGAGAAGGUGGAUGUCACAUCAGGAGAAAAGACCUUCAGUCUUAGCUCAGCACCAGGAUUUAUGGUACCUUACGGCCGCUGGAUUGGGCGGUUUUGGGCUGGACUACAGCCAGGAAGCACUUAAAGCAGCAGGAGGUUUCCUGCCACUGGAACUCCCCCGGUUGGACUUCGGUUUAGGUGACAUUCAGGGGGAAAAGAUCUCCCCGAUGGCAGCCAGCAGCUUGAACCAGUUUUCCCUGGAGGACUCUAGCUGCGGUGCAGGUGAAGGCGGUUCAGGGCUGACCAGCGUCGGAGCCAACGAGGGCGGGGACGAGUCGGUGGCGGUGGUGGGUUCUACGUCCAGCGUGGUCGGCCCCGUCAUCUGCGAGCACUGCGGCCUGACUUUCCCGUCGCCCCACUCCCUCGCCGUCCAUGCCCGCUCCACCCACCUCCUGUACGCCUGCCCCUGCUGCGGUAAACACUUCCACCACUCGGCCAACCUGACACGCCACAUGGCCGUGCACCGGGGGGCCGGCAAGACGCACCAGUGCCCCCUCUGCUACAAGACUUUCACCCAGAAGUCCACCCUGAUAGACCACAUGAACCUCCAUAGUGGCGAGCGGCCGCACCACUGCGCCUACUGCCACGCCCGCUUCGCCCACAAGCCGGCCCUACGGCGCCACCUGAAGGAGCAGCACGGUAAAACCACGGGGCAGAACUCCCUCCACGAGCAGGAGGAGAGGGAGCGGGCGAGCGGAGCAGUCGGGAGGGUACGAGAGGAGGAGCAGGAAUGUCUCGUUACCGAACAAGUGUCGUAGACCAAAACGUCUUAAAGCUCUUGGACAGUUUACUGCAGUUAGAUGUGUUCUGUAGGGUCCUGGCGUGGGCAUUAGGAAAGUGCAGAAAAUGACUUUGAUGCCUUUAAAUUCUACGACUGCCAAAAUAGGAGCUCUUUUAAACAAAAUGUGUUACGUGUUUGCAUAAAAUAAUAAUCGAUGGCUGCUUUUAACCCUCCUGUUGUCCUGUGGGUCAAAAUUGACCCAUUUAAAGUUUGAAGAUGUGGGAAAAAAUGCAUAUUUUCACAGUGAAACUUCUGAUGUCUACAUUUUCAACAUUUUUGGGAAAUCUUUGAACAUUUUUUGGUGGAAAAAAAGAAAUGUUAAAAAUAUUUCUUAAGAACAUUCACAAAAAAAAUUACCAAAAUCCAGCAAAUUUCGCUGGAUUUUGGUUGAUUUUUCUGUGAAUGUUCAUAAAGAAAAUAUUAGAAGUUUUACUGAUAUAUAUGGAAUCACUUUAGUGAAUCACUGUGAAAAUAUACAUUUUUUCCUGAGGACAACAGGAGGGUUAACACAGCAUGUCACAGUAGGAAAACAGAGGCAUAAACGUAUCGAUGGCUCGAUUUAACUCGUGUCCCUGGAAGCUGUGGCAGUGAAUGAGACCCUGAAACCAAAGCAGAUAAGUACAGUUUAGUCAUCUGUAUUUUUAUCAUUUACAGCCGUGUUUUUCCUACCGUGUCGACUUCAAGGCCUUUUUGAUUUUAUCGUCUUAAGAACAGUUUGACUCAGAACUGUAAAUAAAAGAAACGGAAAGUGUCUUCUCUGUUUAGCCGCCUGUGUUUUAGCUCUUCCACAAGGGUGUUUACACGUAUGUUGCCUGACUAGACCUCAGAAUGAGACGUCUCUUUAUGUGCUUUUGAUAAAAGAUGUGUAAAAUAUGUGAAGAUCUGAUAAGACUUGUUCCUCUGUUGCAAAUGUCAUUAUGGAAAUAAACUGUUUUUUUAUACAUUAAA